AGCGUGUGUGCGUUCGUCUGCUCGCAUUUGUUUGUGGGAUUUUCCAGCGAAGUAAGAAUUAUUAAGAUUAGGAGGAUGUCAGUGAUGAGAAGCCUCAUCCGGCUGCAGCCAUUGGUCAGCUGUGCCUCCUCCAUCAUCAGACAACCUGUCAAUCAUAGCAGACCAGCCAAUCAGCUUCUCUCCUGUAGAUCACAUGACCUGGGGAAAAUCACUGCUGUUAGGUACUAUGCAAAGAAAGGUAAGAAGUCUCAGAAGGGGGGAAAGGGCGGAGGUCGAGUGGAAAUCAACACAUCCAUAGGGUCAGAGGUCACAAAUAUAGAGGCAGUCCGGGGGAGAAUGCAGAAAGCCUUGGAUGCGCUCAAGGACGAAUAUGUGAAAAACCUCUCACUGAGGACUUCUGUAGGUUCUUUAGACAGCAUCUCAGUUCAGACAAUAAAUGGAAGAUUUCCCCUGAACCACUUGGGUCAGAUCGUCAUGAAAAAUCCACAGAUGUACCAUGUCAACAUGGUUGGGGCACCACAGGAAAUACCCUCAGUCCUGAAUGCCAUCAGCCAAUCAGGGAUGAACUUGAACCCCAUCCAGGAAGGCAACACCAUCAAGGUACCCAUUCCCAAAGUUACUAAGGAACAUCGAGAGAACCUAGCCAAGAAAGCCAAGGCAGCCUGUAACAAGACGAAGGACCAGAUCCGAGACAUAAGGAACCAGGCCAUGAAGGAGGCUAAGAAGGCGAAAGCAACUGUCUCAGAAGACACAGUAAGACUGGUAGAAAAACAGAUCCAACAGCUCACAGAUGACUUCAAUGGUAAUGCAGAGAAGAUACUAGAAGCAAAGAGUAAAGAGUUAUUAAAAUAAGACUUUUUCAAAUAAUUGUCUACUAGGUUACCCCUCUAUACGUAAAACAUCAAAUGUCUUGAAAAGAAAUUAAAAAAAAAGACUUCAGUAUCAACUUGCCUGUCAUUAGGAAUAGAUGUUAAGAAAUGAAAGUGAACAGAGAGAAUUAAAUUUCAACCAUUGUAUGUAAUAGAUAGACAAUUUAUUCUGUACUAAGCAACUGAUGGCAAUGGACAUUCUUUCGUCAGUUUGCCAUGAAGACGAGACAUUCUGCAUGUAUCUAUACAUGUAUGUAUACAUUGUAGGUAUUGCAGUCAUAAAAUCUACUACAAAGGUAAUGUAAAAUUGCUUUUAUUCAAAACAUCAGGUUUUUUUGACACAGUUACUGCCUAGAAGAGAAAUAACAACAGUCCCAGCCAUCUUGCAAAACGUUUAAACAGUGUUCACCAUCUUUACUGUGAUAAUGCAUGGAAGCACCAACAAACCUACAAUCAUAGAACUAAUACUGUAAGUCUGAACAGCCGUACACUGUUUAUUUUUUCAUCAUAUGUUUUUGUUACCCGUUUGAAUGAGAGAAAAGUACAGUUUGUAAAAGACGUUUUAAGUCAUCUUGACCAAAUAUCCUGGCAGUGGUAUCUUAAGAUAUGAUUUAGUUUCAAAAAAAUAAAUCAUCA